AUGUGUGUUCGCUUUGGCUUCGGCGUGGCUUGCAUCCUGGUGACCUACCUGUUGACCCCGCUGAAGCGUACAGGCACCGACAAAGAGCGGCUGGACUACAUCAAGAGCUUGAACCGGCGCUGCGCGGAGCGAGUUCUGGAGCUCAUCCUGGGCCUGAAGGGCUACUACAUCAAGGCGGCGCAGACCUUGUGCGGCGCCGGGCAGUUCCCACCGGAGUUCGACGAGGUCUUUGCUGUUCUGCUGGACCAGUGCCCGCAGGAGCCCUACGAGGUGAUCGCGAGCAUCCUGGAAGAUCAGCUGGGAUGCGGAAUAGACGAAGUCUUCGAAGACUUCGACCCGGAGGCCGUUGCAGCCGCCUCCAUCGCCCAGGUGCACUUUGCACGGCUGAAGGACGGCACGGAGGUGGCGGUCAAGGUCCAGUAUCCGGACGUUGAACGUUUCUUCCAGAUGGACGUUGCCACAGUGUCUUUUGCGCUGCAGUUGCUGGGCAUGGGCAGCCAAGUCAACGAGAUCUUCGCCACCAUUCAGGCCCAGUUCAAGCAGGAGUUCGACUUCACUGCGGAGGCAGACAUCAUGCGGGAGGUGGCUGACAGUGUCAUGCCCAACUUUGGGCAGCACAUCGACAUCCCGCUGCCGAUCGAUGAGCAGCACCCGUCAUGCCCGGAGGCUGGGAGCCUUUGCACCGCCAAGGUGCUGACCAUGGAGCGCCUGCAAGGAAAGCCCAUCCGUCAGCAUGCCAUCCCCCUGAUGACCAUGUUUGCGGAGGCGCACGGCAUGAGCUGGGAGGAGCUGAAGAGGAUCUUGGAGUCCAAGGACGUGUCAAAGGUGGACUUGAGCAAUGCCGCGGUUCGCCGAGUUCUCCGCAUGGGCCGCAUCAGCGAGUGGCAAAGCCGGGUGCUGGCGAUGGGCAUGAAGGCGCGGAACUGUGCUGGAAGGAUGGUGGGCGCCUGCGCAGAGGGCAUUUGCAAGAUUGCGAUUGUGAACGACCUGUCGCUGGAGGAGCAGUGGUAUGUAUACCACAAGACAAGAGAACUCAAGGAGGCCAUCCGCACCGGGGUGGACCUGGACAAGUUCCGGCUCCACAACACCGAGUCCGCGGUGUACACCAUCUUCAUGGAGGACUCCACCCGCACCAAGGAGUCCUUCCGCAACGCCGCAGAGUUCCACGGGAUGAAGGUGAACGUUUUCGAUGCCAAGACCUCCUCUUUUCAGAAGAACGAGACCAUCACGGACACCAUCAAGAUGCUCUGUGGCUAUUCCACCGGCCAAAGCCUCUUCGUGAUCCGCUCCAAGGUGGAGGGUGUUUGCCGGUGGCUGGAGGAGGCCAUCACCAAGUACUGCCGGCAGCGGGGCUACCCCCGCGCCAGUUUCAUCAAUGCAGGCGAUGGCCGACACGAGCACCCAUCCCAGGAGAUGUUGGACGAGUUUAGCUUUCUGGAGCAGAAAGGUUGGGACACCUCCAGCAUCCACCUGGCGCUGAUCGGUGAUCUCUUCCAUGGCCGAACCGUACACUCCAAGGUGGACGGCCUCAGGAUCUACCGGAAGGUCUUUGUGGACCUGGUGGCUCCCUCUGAGCUCGCCCUCCCCAAGAUGUACGAAGACCGGAUGGUGGCCCGGGGCUACGUGGUCAGGAGAUUCGCCUCCAUCGAGGAGUACCUGGCUCAAGAAAAGGUGGCGAAGAUUUGGUACUUCACUCGGCUUCAGCUGGAGCGGAUGGGUGACAAGGUGCUGGACAAGGCCGCGGAGCUGCGGAAGGCGGUGACCAUGCAGCGGGAGUUUGUGGACAGCUUGCCCGAGGGCACCAAGUUCUUCCACCCCUUGCCCCGAGACGCCAAGAACCCGGUGCUGCCGUAUUGGCUGGAUGCCACGGAGCUGAACGGCUGGGAUCAGCAGUCCCAGAAUGGCUACUUCACGCGUAUCAUCCUGCUGGGCAUGCUAGGCGGGCACUUCGGGGAAGACUUCCGUGCGGAUCCGCAGGUGCGCAUGCCGGGCAGCCCGGGGCUGCUGUCGCCGGGCCUGGCCCAAGGCGACCUCUCUCCCACCAACCAUGACAUGCCGGACGACCUGGACCUGGGCUACUCCCCGGCGUUUUUGGCCGCCACGGACUUCAUCAAGGAGGUGGCCAUGGUGGCGGAUGAGCCUUCCCCGGACAAGCUCAGCCAGGAGGUGGGUCUGGUGCCAAUCGCCAACGGCAUUAUCAUCGACAACUUGGCCGCCGGCCAGAGCAUUGAGCAGGUGUGGAGCCUCAUGUACAUGGUCCGGGACAUCUUGGACCUCCACGGCGUGGGGGGCCAGGGCGUGCGGGAAUCCACCAAGUUCCCAGGCAAAGGCAGCGGCUUCAUCUCGGUGCCGGACGUAGACAUCAGCUCUUGGGACAGGCAGCCCCUGAAGCGCUUGGCGGCCAUGGCGCCGGGUAGCACCUUGAAGGUCAUGAAGCAGGGCAGCCUGGAGCGCGAGUUCCGGCUUCAGGUCCCGCCGAGAGUUUACAACUUCAAGGACAUCUCGUGCAAGAACACGGCCUGCGUGUCCCACGCAAGCCAAAUGCAACACGAAGUGGAGGCCUUCUUCGAGCGCUGCCGUCAAUCAGGCGAAGAACAACAGGACGCGCUGGCGUUCAACUGCAAGUACUGCGAGACGCAGCACACCUUUUGGGAGAUCUGGAACUACGAGUUCUAUCGGCCCACCGAGUUCGCCAUCUAA